AUGGCUGUCAGUGAAGGCCUCAAACCGCUUGCUAGUUAUCUUCUACAGCUCAUAAAAGCCAACUUCAUCGCCUCUGGUAUCCCAACAGGCAAUUUGUUGAUGAAGAUGACUAUUGGAACGAGGGAAUUUGCACUCUCUCAGAAGUACCACAAGGAACUCCUCCGGUUGAAACAAAACGACUACACAAAAGCGCAUGAACUUCUCGAGCAUGUUUACAUGGACCAACAAAUAUCAAACACUGAUGCCUCUGAUUCGAGGUCUUUUUGGAACCUGCCUAUGCGCGCGAUGGCGCACACCUACUUUCUGCUAGCUUAUUCAGGAAACAAAGGACAUUUACAGGUCUGCAAGCCCAGCAAAAUGUCAGGCUACCGUUAUACAAACCUGACAAUAAUCAACGAAUCAGAGCUCCACAGCAGGGAUCCCAAUGUCUUUGACAAUGCAGUAAUUGCAAAGCUCCCAUUAUCACCUACAGAUGCAGUCAGCCACCAGAGCUUAAGAGAUGCAGUCCACCAGCAAUUCCAGGUGGAAAUCCAGGGACAAGAACCGCUUGUGCCUAGCAUUGCACAUUUAGGUGUCAGGAAAGUAACUGAAAACGGUGAUCUCCUCAACAUUUCGCCACUAUGGUAUGAAACCUCUACAGGAGAAAUGCUUGGCAGAAUGACCCCGCCUGAAUAUCGAAUGUCUCAGCGCCAAGGAUCCUCAGAUAUUGCUACCGCGGACGAAGAAGAGAUGUACAAGGAAUAUUCCGCUUACGCAGGACGACGAGGCAACCUCCCAUCGACGAGACGCAGCAUCAUUAAGCCUAGAACCAUAAAACAUGUUUACAUCUAUGCAGAUAUUUCUACCGAUUCCUCGCUGAACAACUCGGACACUGAAGAACAUGGCUGGGAGUCUGAUCGCAGCUGGAAAUACUACUGA